AUUACCUAUUUUUCCGUUAGAAUGUUUUCUAGGUUUAGAAAUAACAUCUGUAAAAUAUAUUCAUUGUUGUUGAAAUGGAAAAACAAGUGUUUUGGAGAGGCAUGGGUUCUAAUCCGUCCGGCAAUAAAACCCCAUGCUGCGAACUUUUUUUGUACAACUUGCAAAUACUUUAUUUUAUGUUUCGAAAAUUCUAUAGAAAUAUGUAGUUGUAUUUUGGGUGGGUUUUUCCUAAAGUAAUUUUGUUGUGUUCUAUAUUUAGUUGUAUCUACUCUUAUAUACUUAUUCAAAUCAUUUGUUUUUCUGUAAAUGACAUUAUUUUUUAAGAAAAGCUAUUGUUUCUAGACAUGAAGGAAAGUGCUCCCUACAAUCCAGACGAUGAUGUGUACGAUUUUCAACUUAUCGAGUUCAUUACUCGCGGACCCAAAACUAACCGAUCAACAGAUAUAGUCCCUUCAUUUUGGGUCGAAUUUAAUAAAAAGAAUGGUAAACUGUUUACUAAAUUUUUACCACCGCCAUACACAGCUGACGCAACUGCAGUUCUGGAGCAUUAUGUAAGAGCAAGGCUUCAACCAAUGGAUUCCUGGAAUUCUUAUAACAUUAAACUAAUAGGACAAUCCCGGACUUACGAGGAAGGCAUAAAAAAAUUGAAACUGUUACGCAAUGAUGAUACUUGCGUAUAUUCUGCGGGUACUGACUUUUGCAAUGCGUCUCAAAAGGCAGAAUAUAUCACACAAAAGUUUAAAGAGAGGUCACUACAGCAGAAUUUUCCGCCUAUUCCUGCACCGAAAUUAUGUUUAACACGGCCAUCAGCAUAUGAUUCUUCCGGGAUGAAAGAAAAAAUUCAAUCUGCCAUAAAAGACAGAAAAAAAUCUUCCAAAACAAAGAGUAAAGGAAAAUCUUUAAAACUGCAAAACCAUAUUAAAGAAAAAAUUCUAACGUCAUCAUUAUCAUCAUUAUCUUCCGACUCGGAUAACUCUUGGGAAAAAAAGGAAUUAAAGGAAAAAAGUAGAAAGAGAAAAAGGCCCGUUGAACAUGAAAACAGCAGUAAAGUUCGUAAAAUAAUAGAUGGUGAUGAAUUAUCAAAUUUAAAUAAUGAAAAAGUCUCUAAUAUUGAAGAUCCUUUAAGAAUUCAGCAAGAUUAUGACAACUACAGCAAUUACGAUUUACAUAUGAAUGUUCGUAAUUUACCAUCAGGAUCUGACAUGAACGAUAGUAAAUCAGAAUUAAAUGACUCAUCUGUAAUUAAAAACAUUUCAUACUUAAAAUCAAACAAAACAGUCGACAAAGACAUGAAAUACCUUUUAAGUUCAUUAAAAGGUUAUGGUAUCUUACUACAAGAAAUAUCAAACAGACUAGAUUCCCAGGAAGCAAUUUUAAGGACAUUGUCGAGAGAAAAAGGAUUGCCUACUGUUAACUCUAUGACGUGUGAUCUAGGAUUAAAUUUGCCAUUCAAUGAUAUUGUUGAAUUCACCGAAUUUAAUACCAAAUUGGAAGAUCAAAAAUUUCGAGAAGAUUUUAUAACUUCAUUACAUUUCCUACUGGAUACAGGAGGCAAUGUAAGCAAAAGUGUACUAAAUAUAUUGAAAAAAUUAUUCACCAGGGACUUCGCCUGCAAAUUUACAAAUAUUAAGCAGAUGCCGAAAAAGUACACGCUUAAUAAAUUCAAGAUACACCAAUGUAUUAAAGGUGCUAUAAUGAGAACUCAAAAUGAGAAUGGAUCUGCAAUUGCCAAUGAAAAAAAAAUUGUUGACGCAAUUGGAAAUGUUCUUGCAGGAGUGCGAGAUUGGGAUGGCGGAAGAAAAGAACGAGAGAUUGCUAAACAGGCAGAAAAUAAUAAUAAUAAUCAAAUUACGGAAGAAAUGUAA